UGUGACACCCAUGGAGACGGUUACAAGGAACAAGGUUUGCUCGUGGAUUUGAGGGGGGGAAAAAAGAAGAGACCUUCUGUACCGACUUUAUUUGGUACAAAAUGCCUCCGACUCUCUUCCAGAAACUUUUCAACAAGAGGAAUGCGUUUUCGUCGCAGCCCUCGAGAUGUAGCAAAGAGGACCCAGCUUUCAGCUGGCCAGUCCCCCAGCUGGAGCCCAGUCAGAUCAGGCUGAUAGUGUACCAGGACUGUGAGAGGCGUGGCAGAAAUGUCCUCUUCGACUCCAAUGCCAAGAAGAGGGGCACGGAGGAAACCCCCAUAACCAGCUCUGAAGGCCAGGUGAAGAUGUUUGGGAAAUGCUGCCAGCUCCGACCUACAGGAGGUAGCAGCAGUUCCCUGGACAGCUCCUCCUCCUGCGCCUCUGAAACCAAGGAAACCAAGGAGCAGGGCCUGCGCUUCCAGGGUUCAAGGUGUUCGUCCGAUGUGGUAAUGCUUGGAGAAAUGAUGUUUGGCUCUGUGGCUAUGAGCUACAAAGGUUCCACACUUAAAAUCCACCAGAUCAGGUCGCCACCUCAGCUGAUGCUGAGUAAGGUGUUCACCGCCAGAACGGGAGGCAGUGUGUAUGGCAGUCUCAACACGUUACAGGACAGUCUUGAGUUCAUUGGACAGGACAGUAACACCCUGAGGCCUGAUCAAAACACCGGGACCAACAGUCUCCUUGGGAACAUAGGAUUUUCUCAGCUCUGCAGCCCUCGGCGGGCCUUCUCUGAACAGGGCCCUCUGCGCCUCAUCAAGAGCGCAUCUUUCUUUUCAGGCCACAGCCAUCCGAUGGACAUGCCUGGCCGAGGGCUUUACGACGAGAGGGACAGCGGCAUCGCCAGGUCAGCUUCCCUGAGCAGCCUGUUGAUCACUCCCUUUCCAUCUCCUGGCUCCUCGCUGACAAGCAGCUGUGCAUCCAGCUACCAGCGUCGGUGGCUACGCAGCCAAACCACCAGCCUUGAAAAUGGUGUCUUCCCCCGAUGGUCAGUUGAGGAGAGCUUCAACAUGUCUGAUGAAAGCGGUGGACCAAGCCUUGGUGUGGCUAGAAAGAAGAAGAUUGCCAUAGGGGUCAUUUUUAUGCUGUCGCCAAACCCGGAAGAGAACAGCCGCUUCCAGGAUUUCUUUUUCUCCCACUUCCCUCUUUUUGAAAGUCACAUGAACAAACUCAAGAGUGCCAUCGAACAGGCCAUGAAGAUGAGUCGACGGUCAGUUGAUGCCAGUCAGAGGGCCUUGGCUUACAGCCGUAUGGUGGAUGGACUGAACGAGUUCAGAAUGACCAUCUGCGACCUCUACACCAUGCCCCGUGUGUCUGAACCCGUCUGGUUGACUAUGAUGUCUGGAGUGUCAGAGAAGAACCAGCUCUGCGGUCAAUUCAUGAGGGAGCUUUCUCUGCUGAUGGAGCAGGCCUCCAAGAAUCAGUUGAGUGUCUCACACCUGCACCACCAUCAGUCACUGAUUUACAAAAAUAUUGCUGGAGUUUUUGUAUGGCAAACUAUAAAAAAAAAAUAAACUAUACAAGAAUGCAUUCUCAAGACACUUUACAUCAGAGGGAUUAUUUUUUACCAUUAUUAUCGCCACAGUCCACCUACAUAUUCUGGAAACCAGAUCUUCUCUUAGAUGAAAAGCAUUAAGGCAGCAGACAAAAAUCAAGCAAGCUCGAUAGCCCUUAACACAUGCAUGUUUCAGCCACACGUUUUGUUGGCUUGAACUUGAACAAGCAUAUCUAAAGGUAAAAAAAAAUAUAGAAUCACACAAACUAUCCAUUCAGUCUGCCUCAUUCACACAUUCUGUGGACUAUCUUUCCCUUUCUUAGACUGAAACACACA